UUCCGAAGCCCAUGGCAUGCAGUUUGACAAGCCCUGGGCCCAUGGGUUUACCCCUCCCAGAGUUCUGGAUGUCCGCCCGGGAACAGCUUUGGGGCCAUGCCAAUUUCACCCACUUUAACCUCCUUGCAUCCUGAUUUUGGUGUCUCCCAUCUAGAUCCUCGAUUCAGUGAUGCAAAGCCUUUCAGGGUUGGCUGGAAGCCACAGCCCAGCAUCCCAAUGCAGUCUGAAUCCGGCUGGUGUGAAGAGGAGACCCCUUCCCUCUUGUGGGGUUUGGAUCCUGUGUUUCUAGCCUUUGCAAAACUCUACAUCAGGGAUAUCCUGGACUUGAAGGAGUCCUGCCAGGUGCCAGGUGUAUUUUUUUACAACGGACAUCCAAUAAAGCAGGUAGAUGUCUUGGGAACUGUAAUUGGAGUGAGAGAAAGAGAUGCUUUCUACAGUUAUGGAGUGGACGAUAGCACUGGAGUUAUAAACUGCAUCUGCUGGAAAAAGUUGAGCAAUACCAACUCUUCAUCAGCUAUAGCUGCUCCAACAGCAAGAGAGCUGAGCUUAACCUCACAGUUUAAGAAGCUGCAAGAGACCAUUGAGCAGCAAACAAAGAUAGAAAUUGGGGACGUUAUCCGGAUCAGAGGUUAUGUCCGCAUGUACAGAGAAGAGCGAGAAAUUCAUGCCACUGCGUAUUAUAAGGUGGACGAUCCAGUGUGCAACAUUCAAAUUGCAAGGAUGCUUGAGCUGCCCAAUAUCUACAGGAAAGUUUAUGACCAGCCUUUCCGCAGCCCGGCCCUAGAGAAAGAAGAGGCACUAAGCAGCAAUCCCGGAGCCCUGGACCUUGCCAGUCUCACAUGUUUGCUGAGUGAAAAAGCCAAAGAAUUCCUUGUGAAGAACAGAGUGCAAACCUUUUACCAGCAGGAAUUGGAAAUGGUGGACUCUCUGCUGUCCCUUGCCAACCAGCCUGUGAUUCACAGCGCCUGCUCUGAGCAAGUGGAUUUUAAGAAUGACACCACUCCCAAGGCAAUUCAUAGUAUAUUUAAGAAUGCUAUAAAGCUGCUGCAGGAAAAAGGACUUGUUUUCCAGAAAGAUGGUGGUUUUGACAACCUAUUCUAUGUAACCAGAGAAGACAAAGAACUGCACAGAAAGAUCCACCGUAUCAUUCAAGAAGACUGUCAGAAACCAAAUCACAUGGAGAAGGGCUGCCACUUCCUGCACAUCUUGGCCUGUGCCCGCCUGAGCCUCAGCCCGGGCCUGAGUGAAGCUGUGCUGCAGCAGGUGCUGGAGCUCCUGGAGGACCAGAGUGACAUCGUCAGCACCAUGGAGCACUAUUACAUAGCCUUCUGAGGAGAGGCGGCAGGCAGCACGGGCAGAGCCGGGCCAAGUGGGGAAAGACCAGGUGCUGUUCACUCCCAGGCUCUGAUUUAAACAUCAUGCAGAGGCUUAUAGGCCUGGAGGCAAUUAUCUCAUAAUAAACUAUGAAAUGGUCAUUUGA